CUCGCCUUAUCUGUUUUCAUUCGCAACUUGAAAAGUCCCAAGGAGGAGGUUGCAACAGAAAACAAUUGCUCUCUGUGAUGUUUGUUGCCAAGAGCCUCACCGCCGAACACAAGGAUCUCAUUCACGAUGUCUCCUUCGACUUCUACGGCCGGAGGAUGGCUACGUGCUCGAGUGAUCAGAGUGUCAAGAUCUGGGAUCUGGGAGAAAAUGGAGAGUGGGUUUGCACUAGUUCCUGGAAGACACAUUGUGGUCCUGUCUGGAAAGUGACAUGGGCUCACCCUGAGUUUGGCCAGAUCAUAGCCACUUGUUCCUUUGACCGUGCAGCUGCAGUCUGGGAAGAGACAGUGAACGAUUCUGGCCAUGCAAUUCGCAGUGCAUGGACCAGGCGAACAAACCUAGUGGAUUCUCGGACAUCUGUAAUGGAUGUCAAGUUUGCUCCAAAACAACAAGGUCUCCAGUUAGCCACAUGUUCUGCUGAUGGUGUGGUUAGGAUCUAUGAAGCCCCUGAUGUUAUGAACCUGAACCAGUGGUCCCUUCAGUAUGAGAUAAACUGUAAGGUCUCCUGUUCUUGCAUCUCUUGGAACCCCUCGCCUUCAAGACUUCAUGCUCCCCUCAUUGCUGUGGGUAGUGACGAUCCUAACCCCUCCUCUGGGGGCAAGGUCUUCAUCUACGAGUUCUCCACCAACACACGCAAGUGGACGAGAGUAGAGACACUGGUCACGGUGACAGAGCCUGUGCAUGACAUAGCCUUUGCCCCCAACCUUGGGCGGUCAUAUCAUCUGCUGGGGAUUGCCACCAAGGAUGUCAAAAUCAUUGCCCUCAAGCCCAACAGACAAGAUGCUCUGCAGAACCAGAGCAGUUUGUCCACUUUCGAGGUUCGUCAGGCAGGGCAGUUCGAUGACCAUGGCAGCACAGUGUGGCGUGUUUGUUGGAAUAUGACAGGCACCAUUUUGGCCUCUUCUGGGGAUGAUGGAUGCGUUCGUCUUUGGAAAGCAAACUACCUGGACAUCUGGAAAUGCAUCUCGACUCUCCGUGGAGAAGGAGUUGUCAGCGUCCCAGAGGUGGCCUCUGUGGGUAAUACUUCGCAGCAGAUAGGAGGCACAACCACAGGCCAGAACACAGCGCGCUACUUCAAGCUAACCCCUACUGCACAUUCAUCUCAUGUUCCUUGGCAUUAGUAAAAAAAAAAAAUAGUUUUUAUCCUCUUUUUUCUGAAUCCACACUGUGAAAUGCCUGUUUCUAAUAAUGUUACCUGUAAAAAUACUUUUGGGUGGAUUUCAUGCAGUGUGAGAUAUUGUAUAGUAUGAGUCAUUUCUUUUCUUUUAUUCAUUAAAUAUAACUGAACAAAUGAUUAUG